AUGGAUCAAGCACGAUUUUGGAUGUGGGCAAGCAGCAAAAGCAGUUUAGAGUCUAGUUUUGUUCUACCGGGUGCUAGUUCAUGGGAAGAAGAAGCCUUUGCAGAAGAUGCGGCAGGGCCUUUCGGUGCCUUCAUAUGGCCUCCAAGAAGUUAUAGUUGCAGUUUCUGUGGAAGAGAAUUCAAGUCAGCUCAAGCCCUUGGCGGGCACAUGAAUGUCCACAGAAGGGAAAGAGCUAAACUUAAGCAAUCCCCUAUAUCCGAGAGAAACAACCUUUAUCAUCAAGAAUAUAAUGGUGUUAAUUAUAACACUAAUUCUAGGGAACUUCUUGCAUCACUCUCAUCUGUUACCGGGAGUGCGUAUGAUAUUCAGUCUAUGGUGCUUUCCGCCAUCCAAGAUCAUCAAAAGAGGCCUUUUUACCAUUCCCAUUCAUCCUCAUCUGAUUCUGCAGCUUCCUCUAGAUCUUUAAACAUCCUAGAGUGGAAGAUUGAAGAAGAUUAUACAAAGAAGCAAAGUGACGUCGUUAGCUUAAAUUUGAGUGUUGGGUUGGGAAACAGAGAGACGGCUUGUUACAAGAGAAGGAGAACCGAUGGAGUACCAUUAAUGCCUUUCUUUCUCAACACAGCCACAGAAGAAUUAGAUCUUGAGCUCAGGCUUGGUCGUGAUCACCCAAAUUAA